AUGAAAGGUGUAAAGGAAGAUUGUAAAGAACUGCAGAAAUUGGAUGACGCUGUGAUAUUGGAGUCAUUUGGGAUAUCGAGAAGUUUGGUAAAACAUGCAAAGCCAAAAUGCUACAUGUAUGACUGGUAUGUUGGCGAAAUGGAUCAUGCUGAAGACUUGGACAAGGACGGAGGUGUAAAUGACACAUAUAUGAACGACAGAGGGAUGCGUGAUGUACAAGAAGAGUGUAAACAUACGAACCCAUGGUUCGAAAUCGUGUCAGUGAACUCAGGCGUCAAGAUAAGGACAUUACCGGAUGACUACCCCCUAGUUCAUGUGUUAUCAUCAAGAGGCUUGCCUGAGGACUAUUUUAGCGUUGAACGUCUAAAGAGACUAUUCCUCGACCAGUAUACCAAAUCUCUGAGGAAAUUCUUACCACACAGUACCGAGACGGAGCUUGUGCAUUGCGCCCGUACGUCCAGUGAUGUGUUCUUUGUGCCUCAUGUACUCCCACAUUUGAGGUGUACGACCGACAAACAAUUCAGACGCCUUAUUGAGUACUAA